UCUUAUUAUUAUGUAUUUACAUUGUCAACAGCCCGGCAUUGAUGUGUUAAUUUUUCUUCAAAAUUAUAAGGUUAUAAAGUUGUUGAUGUUUUUUUCUUUAUAUACAUAUAAUACAAUUUUUAAGUGGUCUUUAAGCAAAUAUGGUGGGUAAAACGACCAUCGGAAUUGACUUGGGUACGACCUUCUCUUGUGUUGGUGUGUGGCGAAAUGGCAAGGUCGAAAUCAUCGCCAACGAGUACGGUAACAGAACAACACCUAGUUAUGUUUCUUUUACAGAUACGGAAAGAUUGGUUGGCGAAGAAGCCAAAAAUCAGGCAGCCAUAAAUUUAAAAAACACCGUGUUUGAUGCCAAAAGGAUGAUAGGCCGACGUUUUAGCGACAAAAAGAUACAAGAAGAUAUGAAACACUGGCCAUUCAAGGUAGUUGACGAUUGUGGAAAUAUAAAAAUCCAAGUUGAGUUCAUGGGUGAACAAAAGGAAUUUUCGCCGGAGGAAAUCAGUUCCAUGAUUUUGGGAAAACUGAAAGAGACUGCUGAAAUAUACUUGGGCGAGGAAGUUACAGAUGCGGUAAUUACUGUUCCAGCGUAUUUCAACGACUCACAAAGGCAAGCUACUAUAGAUGCUGGUACAAUUGCAGGCCUUAAUGUUCUCAAAAUACUAGUCGAGCCUACAGCUGCUGCUUUGGCUUAUGGUAUGGACAAUUGGCUUGAAGACGAACAAAAUAUAUUGGUAUUUGACUUGGGCGGUGGUACAUUUGAUGUAUCUAUUCUACAAAAAGAAAAAAAUGAUGUUUAUAGAGUGAAAGCUAUUGCUGGUGAUACUCAUUUAGGAGGCGAAGAUUUUGACAAUAGAUUAGUAUCGUAUUUAGCCAGCGAGUUUGAACAAAAAUACAAAAAAGAUAUUAUGGAUUGUCCAAAAGCUUUAAAGCGUCUUCGAGUAGUGGCCGAAAGAACUAAAAGAUCGUUGUCUUCUCAAACUCGAGGUUUCAUUCAUAUUGAUGUAUUGAAAGGUGGCAUUGAUUACCAGACUGUUAUUACACGUGAUUGUUUUGAUAAACUUUGUGACGAUUUAUUCAUACAAACUAUUAACCUUGUGGAGAGAGCAUUGACUGAUGCUAAAAUAAAAAGAACCGACAUAGAUCAUGUAGUAUUGGUCGGUGGUAGUACAAGAAUUACCAAAAUUCAGACAUUAUUGAAAACCUUUUUUGAAGGUAAAAAUCUUACAAUGUCCAUUAAUCCAGAUGAAGCAGUAGCUUAUGGUGCUACCAGUCAAGCGGUUGUUCUAAGCGAAGACUUAAGUUACACAAUUAAUAACCCAAUACUUAUUGAUGUCACUCCUUUGUCAUUGGGUAUAGAAGUAGGCGAAGCAGACAAAAUGUCUAUUAUUAUAGAGAGAAAUACACCCAUUCCUUGUACAAAGAUGGAGAAGUUCACUACAUUAUAUGAUAACCAAACGAUAAUUCCUAUUAGAAUAUUUGAAGGAGAAAGAAUGCUGACCAAAGAUAAUAAUCUAUUGGGAAGUUUUGACUUGGAUGGAAUAGAGCCAGCUCCUAAACGUGUGCCCAACAUCGAUGUGACAUUGAGUAUAAAUUCCAAUGGUAUUUUAACUGUAUCAGCCACAAACAAAAAUAAUGGUUUCACUAAAAGUAUAGUUAUAAAAAAUGAUAAGGGUAGGUUAUCUAAACAAGAAAUUGAUCGCAUGAUCAGCGAGUCUGAAUGUCACAAAAAAAUAGAAGAUGAAAAACAAAAAGCCAGGAUUACUGCAGCCAAUAAUGCGGCCCGGAAUCGAUUGAAAAAUUACAUGAUUGUUGUGCAACACACAUUGAAUUUUUUGGGAAACACACAGUUAACAAAGCGUGAACAAAAAAAAGGAAAACAAAUAUGUGACUUGACGAGAAAAUGGUUGAAUGCGCAUCAAUUGGCAGAAAAAGAGGAGUAUGAGUUCAUGCUUAAUAGCCUGCGCUCAAAAUGUUCAAUAUUCAUUAAGAAAAUAGACAGUAUGUGAUGUUAAAAUGUCUAAAAGUUAGCAACCCUUUAGAAGCUCUAUCUAAAGUUAUCUUAAGUUUUUUAGUUUAACUUACUAUAAAAAAUACUUAUUUAAUUACUAUCCAUACUGUUAAUCCAUUGCUAUGUUAAAAAGUUAAAUUUAUUAAUUUCUGCUUUGUUUAUUUG